UUGGAUGCUUCCUUCAGCUUUGCUAAUUUUAUGCAUGGAACUCAAGGUAGAUGCGAAAUAGUGAAAAACAAUGGGAUGACUUCUAAGAUCUUCAACUGAUCAAUAGUCAAGGUGGAUGAACAUAUUAGAUUUCAGACGCAUUAAUAGAUCCCCGAUUUAGGGUCUGGACCACCUGAACCAAUCAAUACAACAAUUUGGGUAGUUCAAUUUUGAAAUAUGAUGGGGCUAUAGUUGAAAAAUCCCAACCUGCAUUAAGUGGGAUUGAUCUAAAAUCCAGCUGAACUCAACUCAACUUCUGUCUUUAUUUGUCCAAUAGCAUUAUUGACAGAUUACAUCAGUUCUAAUCUCUUUGAAGACAUGGUGGUGUUAGUAAAUGCUUUUGAUUACCGGCAGAGAUUUUUAUUGAAUUUGAUCGUAUUAUUCACUAAGGUUUAAGUGAGAAUCACACAACUGCAUGGAACCGUUUCCCUAGGAGCGGAAUCUAUAGUUCUAAACAGUUCACCGUCUCUUUUCGCAGCUUUCACUUCACAGUCUACAACUAACCUUUAACAGCACCCGAGCGAAAGGGGUAAAGGCAUAUGUCAUCUUCCUAUACAUCCGGACUUAGAGUCACUAAGAAGAGAGUAAAAGAAAGUAUCAAAAGCAAAAGCAAAAACCACUCAAAUAAAAACAUAAGGUUCAGAGUAAGGAUUGAAUAGAAACAAAAGGAAAAGAUGGUCAACACUAUGGUCGAAAAUCACUGCUUCUAUUGCCUGCCGUUAUUUUACUUUACCUUCUUCACAACAAUUCUAAUUUACUGCUGGAGAACUAUUAUUAAAUGAAUACUUCUCAAUCUCUUCAAAAUGUUCUCCAGAUAAAGGCCUACAUGAAUCACUACAGUAUUUCAUGCUUAUCGAACUUGCUAGUCUCCUUUAAUUUGAGCUUAUCUUUACUUCUUAUUGGAACAUAAUUUCCACAAUGAUGUAGACGGAACAAAGAGUUGUUUGCUCAGAUCUGUUUGAUUGAAGUGGUUUGUGUCAGGCAUAUUUGUUUCACUUUUCACUAAGUUUCCAUGUAUGGAAAUUAUGGCUUAGAUGCGGUUCGUCCUUCUGUUAAUCUAACCUCUUCAAAUCCUCUCCAGCGGAUACUUUUCGAGAUUUUUGGUUGCAAUUUCGCAUAGAUUAGCAGGUGGUGAUUUGACUUUGUACUGGUCCGCAGGUUCGAGCCAUUAAGAGCUCUAUCUGAAUUUUGUUUUGGCUAUAAUUUAUUUUUCUUUCGUAUUUAGCUAGGCUUGUUCUCUUCCUGUCAUUCUUAGUCGCUAAAAUAUUGAAGAAUCUCUCAGCUUCAAAUUACUCAAUAGUUAUCAAGACUUGCUCCUGUUGACAGAGAAAUACAUGGCUAUAUAUCAUAUUCCGAUUAUCGAACUAUGUUUGUUGAAUCCAAGUGUUCAAAUGAACAAUUGGAGCUCACAGAUGAACAAUAAUAAUUCAAAAGCAUUACCGGCAUGAUCCACGAUAUUUAUGAGAAGUAUUAAUUUAUAGUUCUUGUCGCAUGUGCCCGCGUACACUUUCGACGACCUGAGGACACUUGUAAAUAUGAGCCAUAACAUUAACGCUAGAAUUAAUUGAAUGGAAAUGUGAAGUUUCUUCUACAUAUUUCAAUGUGCAAUAAUGCAACCACAUGCAUGCAUGUGUACGUACUCACAGAUCUCUUCUAUCCAUGCACGUCAUAAAAGAUGUUACCAAUUACUAAUUAUUCACCCAUAUGUAUUCGAUCGUAACUUUUUGUUGUCCUUGAUAUGAGCCUUCUCUUCUUUGCCUUCUUUAGUUUUUAGUUUAUUGUUCCGAGUUUUGCCGGUGUAAAAGAAUAGUCAUGCUACAUUCCACAGUGCCCAAUUUUGAGUUCUCAAUUAUUUUUGAGGCCCACACAACUAUAAAAGCUACCACACAUAGUACACACCAGCACAACACCCACACCCAAGUUGUUGCACUCCGAAACUCACAACUAAUCGACUCAUCAUCUCAUCCGCCCCUCUCUCAUCUUUUUGUCCGGUUGUGAUCGAAUUAAGAUGAAUAGGAAGCGGGGAGACUGGGAUUGCAGAUCCUGCCACCACCUCAACUUCAGCCGCCGCGACUCCUGCCAGCGCUGUGGGGAACCCCGCCCCCGCAGCGGCGGUGCCUUCGGAUUCAGCACGGGCGCGGACAUCCGGCCCGGCGACUGGUACUGCUCCUGUGGGGCCCACAACUUUGCGAGCCGGUUGAGCUGCUUCCGGUGCAACGCAUUCAAGGACAACUUUGCAGUUGGAGGCAGCAGCAGUGGCAGCGGCAGCGGCAGCGGGCAGGGAUUUGGUUUCGGCGGCGGGGCAGGGCGCCGUGCAGGAUGGAAGUCCGGUGACUGGAUUUGCUCCAGGUCGGGGUGCAAUGAGCACAACUUCGCAAGCAGGAUGGAAUGCUUUAGGUGCAAUGCACCGCGGGAAUAUCCCGGUAAUGAAGAGUAAUUAGGAUAAGACAAGACAGAGAGAUGAGAUGAUCCAUAAGUUAUGAUGCAUUGAUAAUUUCUUUUUUGCUCUUUUCCGUCUCUUUUUAGUUUCAUGGC